AACUAGUUCGCUCGCUCCUCUUGUGUCCAAACUGCUCCAAGUUGCCAGUCAAUCGUUGUCUCUUAUUCGGUAGUGGUUUAGUUCACGAUGCGCCUCACUGUAUUAACUCUCGCCAUCCUUGCUGCUCCGGCGCUCGCCCAGGAUGCUCAACACGUGUGGCAGGCUCCUGGAAGCAAUGAUCGUCGAUCUCCGUGCCCCCUCUUGAACAGUCUCGCCAACCACGGCUACCUCCCACGAAACGGCCAAAACAUCUCCGUCGACGCCCUGAUCGAGGGCAUGCACGCCGGCCUCAACCUGCGCGAGGACGCCAAGCUCUUCUUCCGCCUGCAGGGCAACAAGGCCGUCGGGGCCUCGUCGACGGGGGACAAGACGACGUUCCACCUCAACGACCUCAACAAGCACGACCUCAUCGAGCACGACGCCUCCCUCAGCCGGGCGGACAUCUACUUUGGCGACAACUGGUCCUUCAACCAGACCAUCUUCGACGAGACGAAGUCGUACUGGCCCUCGGCCACCAUCUCCAUCAGCGACGCCGCCAAGGCGCUCGCCGCGCGGCAGAAGAGCGCCGAGGCGAUCAACCCGGAGUUCAACCUGCCUCUCGACGGGCACACCAACUCGCUGGGCCAGACGGCCAUGUACCUCGGCUUGUUUGGGGACUACGACGACGGCAACGCGAACCGGGCUUGGGUCGAGUACUUCUUUGAGAACGAACGACUGCCGUUUGAGCUCGGCUGGCAGAGGCGGUCGGACAACGACAAGAUCCCGGCCACGGGGAUCCUGGCCUUGACGACCAAGGUGGCCGUUCACUACCUCGCGGUCAAGAUUGGACUCUGAGCAGGAGAAGUUGAUGGAAGAUUUGUCUUCCACUCUCGUCUGGUACCAGGAAGCCGUGUAUGCCCAGAGUCGAAGUGACGGAGACGGCACGCAAUACAGAUACAACCUAGGCACUAGGACGAGCAACGCAGGGGCAUGGGACGAAAAACGACUGUUGGUCCAACCCGCAUGAACCAACGUUCCCCCCGAAAUGGACCGCUAUCCCCGACGAAGCUAGAUCUGACCGUUGCAGGUGGAGAAUGGUGUGUUGCAAUGGCUCGGAUGAUUGAUCAAUGCCCAACCGGUAACAUGGGUCAAGAAGCUCUUCAGGGGAGCAAGCCCAGGGGGGUUCUGUUGGUUGGCACCAGGUACGAACGAUACCGACGAGAGUUUACAUAGGCAGUCUUGACGGAGGA